AUGAUUGAAGCAGAGAUGCUAUUGUUCAAAGCAACCCUUGAAGAUACUAAUUAUCAGAUAUUCAUACUCCUCUUACAGAUUACAUUGGUUAGAAGUCUGGCCAAGGUUGUUGCAUAUGAUCAUGUUGUUGUCCCAAUCGGUAACAAACAUUGCAAGAGGCAACCACUUCUAGACUUGAGCAAAGGAAACGAGUCUCUUAAAGAGCAACAACAAGACAAUUGCAUCACAAUUGAACAUUAUGUCCCCACCUUGCUUGCAGUAUGCAAAAUCUUGAAUCUUGAUGCUAUGUCUUUUAGUGAUGAAAUGUUAAAUGAAAAUUUUACCCACGCAAAAUAA